AUGCAGAAGCCCUUUACAGCAUCUUUGACAAGCGACAGAAAGCUUUUAUCGUGGCAAUUGUGUCGACCGCGGCGACUUGUGAGUGGAAAACUGGCAGACAACGUUUCCAUGUUGGCUGAUGUACGAAUAGUCUCUGGCUUUGCAUCAAACAUAUACUUUCCUGCACUUCCCUUGAUUGCAAAGGAUCUUGAUGUCUCUGUCGAACUGGUGAACCUCACGGUAACAUCGUACCUCAUUUUCCAAGGACUGGCCCCCAGUCUUUGGGGCCCUAUCUCCGAUGUCCGAGGACGCCGAGUCGCAUACUGCUGCACCUUUCUCGUCUUUUUCGGCGCAUGUGUCGGCCUCGCCGAAACCAAGAAUUACGCAACCCUGAUUGUGUUGAGGUGUUUACAAAGUACCGGAAGCGCAAGCACGAUCGCGAUCGGAUCUGGUGUGAUUGGGGACAUCACCACUCGUGCUGAGCGCGGAGGCUUCAUGGGAAUAUUCCAGGCCGGGCUGCUCGUGCCUGUUGCCGUUGGUCCAGUGAUUGGCGGCGCUAUUGCUGGCUCAUUGGGAUGGAAGGCGAUCUUCUGGUUCCUGGCCAUCUAUAGUGGUGUCUUUUUGCUCCUGUUAACAGUGCUCCUCCCAGAAACACUCCGGUCCAUUGUUGCGAACGGAAGCCAGACGCCUUCGCAGCUGCUGGGGAAAUAUCCCCUAACAACAUACCAAAGGCUUACCAAAGUGGCGUGGGAUUCCCAAGCAGAUCCCCCGGCGCUUGCACCAAGAAAACACAUUGAUCUUACGGGGCCAUUUCGCAUCCUGGUCAGCAAACAUGCUGCCCCUAUCAUCAUCUUCUUGGCCAUCUACUAUGCCGUCUGGCAAAUGAGCAUCACUGCUCUGUCGACUCUGUUCAAGGAACGCUAUGGUCUCAGCGAAACACAAAUCGGUCUAACAUUUAUUGCGAAUGGGGUGGGCUCGAUGAUCGGUACGUUAGUGAGUGGCAAGAUUCUCGACGUCGAUUACCGCCGGGUUAAAGCGAAGCAUGAGGCUCAGUCCACAGAAUCGGCCGUCGACAUGGGAAGUACAUUAAAUCGUUCCAUAACCGACGCUGAAGAUAGCUUCCCACUCGAAAAGGCGCGUCUUCGACUGGUCCCUAUCUUUGCCAGCGCCCAAUGCCUGUCGAUCAUCCUCUUCGGCUGGACCAUUCAAUAUCCAUCUCGCGUCCCUAUCGCAAUCCCCAUCAUAUCCACCUUCAUCACCGGAUGGACUGUUGUCUCGACGCAGUCGGUCAUUAUGACCUACCUAGUGGAUGCCUUCCCGGAUCGAAGUGCGGCAGCGAGCGCAAGCUUGAAUCUUGCCAGAUGCUUGUUCGCGGCUGGUGGUACAAGUUUUGUGAUGCCCAUGGUGAACGGCACCGGAGUCGGCUGGGCAUUUACAAUCUGCGCUCUCGUUCAGGCAGCCGCGUUGUCCAUCGUAGCCCUUCAGUGGAAACGUGGCGGCGCGUGGAGGAGGGAAGCGGCAAGAAGGAGAAGAGAGGCGCAGCGGUAA